AUGACGCCUCAACCUCAGCAGAUUUCACCUGCUCAGCCAAGGAGUGGGGUUUCGGAUGAGAAGGAAACUACUUCGAAGUCGAUCAAAGCGGAUGAGCAACAAGCCAAACAAGUUCAGGAAUCGUCCCUCCAAAAGAAGGAAGUGGCUAAGAAAUCGAAGCCUUCAAAUGUCAAAUAUUUAUCAGACGAGACAGAGAAAUUACUCAAGAAGAAGGCCAAAAUGUCUGAAAAAUAUCUGAAAGGUAGUGAGAUUUUGGAUAGUGAGAAUGACUUUGGCGACCAAAGCACUGAUCAGAUGGCAGAUUUCGGAACAGACUCAGAUGCGACCAUGGAACAAUCCGACAAUGAGAUCUUCAAACCGAAAGGGUUGCAGUCCAAGAGCGUCUUCAAGCUGACUUCUUCAGCAGCGCUCGACAAGACAAGUGGAAGUGAGAAGAACUGUAGAGCGCCUGUGUUCAGAAUCAAGAAGCAGACGGUGAAAUGCACAGAGGGCAAUCCGCUAUCAGUGAAGGCAUUCAUUUCGGCCCACCCGGAACCUUCCAUAUCUGUAUACCACAACGACGAUCUGAUAUGCGCUAAUCGGGCUGAAUCACUAGUGAAGGAAGGAGACGAUCUCUACAGUUUCACUUUCUCUGUCGACUCAUUGCAUGUGGAGGACGGAGGGAAACUCACGAUAAAGGCUAAAAACCAGCUGGGAACUGACGAAUUCGUUGCGCAUAUCGAUGUUGCAGAGGAAACGAAGCAAAGAUAUUCAAAAUACGACGCAUUUGAACAUGAAUUUGAAGCAGCCGAGCAUGCACCGACUAAACUCAGUCGCGGAUGUGUGCGUUUCCAGCGGACAGACAGCAAGACAGAUAACAGAUUUGACGAUUACAGAUUACAAGGGAAGAUGUGCGGUUACCCGAUUCCGGAGAUGAUUUGGUUGAAAAAUGGAGUAGAAAUUAAUCCCGCGCUCCAUCCCGACAAAUACAGCAUCGACGUUCAACCCGAUGGGACAUUCACAAUGGAAAUUGCGGACUGUAAUCCUAAUGACGAUGAUGUCUAUGCUCUGCUUGUGGAGAACAUGGCCGGUAUUGACAGCUGUGAUUUCCAAGUUUUCGUGAGCAGUUCAGGUAAAGAGCCACCACUA